AUGUCGACCCCUUCUACUGCUACGGCAACUCAUCCAUCACACCACCAACGUUACGGAUAUUCCCAUCAUCAAACAUACCAGCCGAACCCCCAGUCCUUCCCCACCGCGUCGGUGGCCAGCAAUGCGCUUGCAAACUCGUUCAACAACUACACAUCCAGCCAUCAGCCUACCACAAGCGGCCUCUCCCUCGCGUCCACGCCCAAAUCAACUGCUCCCUUGCCGUCCAUGUCCGCCUACAGUGUGCCUACCGUCCUCCCGACUGCUCAGAGUCGGCGGAAGCAGCCAGACUGGGGAGAGUUUUAUAAGAAUGGCGUCCCCAAGGAGAUAAUCGUCAUUGACGACGACGAUGAUACCAACGACGGUCCUGUCCCCGUGCUUGCCACAGGCAGCUCUCUGACCGUGGCAUCGACGGGCAGAAAUGCACAGCGUGCUGCUCCUGCUGCUCUGCCGGCAAACAAGAAACGGAGAACCGACGUCAGUUCUGGCGUUGACGUCUACUACGAUCGGCCAGCUUACUCGGUCUCUUCCCAGAAAUACGGCGAGGGCUCGUCUGCGCCUUCAAUGUCGACCGAUCGCACUGCAUCCAUCCACACCACCGCUCCCACCUCGCUUGGCUCACAGGCCAGCGCUCCCGCAAACAAUGCCUAUCUCGAUGAUGUCGCCGUCGGCCAGAAGCGGAAGCGAGUCGUGACACGUAAGGCUGCACGUGAUGAAUUGAAACGGAGAGAACUGGAGGCCGUUGGCGAUGCGUUCAGCAGCUAUAUACCGCCUCCAAAGCCGCCUAUCAAGGCCAAAGACGUCGUCGUCCCCGUCAUCCGAGACUAUAACGCGAACAAGAAUCAGAAGAUCGAUGACGAAGAUGGUCAUUAUAUCGUCAAUCCCGAUACCAACUUGACCGACAAAUAUUCAAUCAUCCGACUCCUCGGCCAAGGGACGUUCGGCAAAGUUGUAGAAGCAUAUGACAGACAAAGAAAGACUCGUUGCGCAGUGAAGAUCAUCAGAUCUGUGCAGAAGUAUCGCGAUGCAUCACGAAUUGAACUCAGGGUCUUGUCCACCCUCGCAUCCAACGACGAGACUAACAGAAACCGGUGUAUCCACCUUCGGGAUUGCUUCGAUUUCAGAAACCAUAUCUGCAUCGUCACCGACUUACUGGGCCAGAGUGUCUUUGAUUUCCUAAAAGCAAACUCCUUCGUACCAUUCCCAAGCAGUCAGAUUCAAAAUUUUGCCCGACAGCUCUUCACUAGCGUUGCAUUUCUCCAUGAUGUCAAUCUUAUACAUACGGAUUUGAAACCUGAAAAUAUCCUUCUUGUGAGCAAUGCUUACCAGACCUUUACAUACAACCGAACCAUCCCAUCCUCAUCCCACACUACCUCGAGAACUGCUCGGCAACGACGUGUUUUACUCGACAGCGAGAUCCGUCUAAUAGAUUUUGGAUCCGCUACCUUUGAUGAUGAAUAUCACUCUUCGGUGGUAUCCACUCGGCAUUAUCGUGCCCCCGAGAUUAUUCUCAACCUGGGGUGGAGCUUCCCCUGUGAUAUUUGGAGUAUCGGUUGUAUUUUGGUCGAGUUCUUCACCGGAGAUGCGCUCUUCCAGACCCACGACAAUCUCGAGCAUCUUGCCAUGAUGGAGAGCGUAUGUGGCGGCAAAAUCGAUCCGAGAAUCGUCAGGCAAGUUUUACAGAGUCGUAACGGACACAGCGCGAAUUCUGCUGCCAAGUAUUUCAACCGUACAAAACUCGACUAUCCGAAUGAGGAAACAUCUAGGGCGUCGAGAAAAUAUGUAAAAGCAAUGAAACAGCUUCAUGAGUUUAUUCCCGCAACAACUUCCUUCAACAAACAAUUUCUCGACCUGCUCCGCCGUAUUUUUGUCUAUGACCCUAAAGCUCGCAUCACCGCUAAAGAAGCCCUUAAGCACCCCUGGUUCAAAGAUACCAUCAUUGACGAUGGCACUGAGGCAGUCCGCAUCGGCGAGCAGAUCCGACGAGAGCAGCAGCAACGAGCCGCCUAG